AUGACACGGCUCUGCAAACUGGGGCAACAGAGAAAGGCUGAAGGGGAUGCUAAAGGAGAUAAAGCCAAGGUGAAGGACAAACCACAGAGACGAUCCGCCCGGUUAUCAGCUAUACCUGCUCCUCCAAAGCCAGAGCCCAAGCCUAAAAAGGCCCCUGCAAAGAAGGGAGAGAAGGUACCGAAAGGGGAAAAGGGGAAAGCUGAUGCUGGCAAGGAUGGGAAUAAUCCUGCAGAAAAUGGAGACGCCAAAACAGACCAGGCACAGAAAGCUGAAGGUGCUGGAGAUGCCAAGUGAAGUGUGUGCAUUUUUGAUAACUGUGUAUUUCUGGUGACUGUACAGUUUGAAAUACUAUUUUU